UUAUUUAUUAGGAAUGUAAUGGUGAAGUUCAUCAAAUCUAAUUAACCAUCUUUAUAAUUAUUAAAAUUCUUUUAUCUAUUGUAUUAUCUUUGCGUUUCUUUUAUCGAUUUUAUGUGGGUUUGGUCAUUUAUCUAGAUCACAAGUUUAAAUCUCUAGGUGUAGGUUAAUUCUCGUUUUAAAAAAAUUACUUCUGUUCACUGGCUAGCAUAAGAUAGGAUUCAAAAUAUAUUUUUUUCUUGGAAAUCUUGGAAAAAGUUUUAGCAUAUUUAAAUUCUGAUAAUUAACUAAAGAAAAAUAAAAGCUGCAGAAAGCUUGCAUUUUAAGUGCUCAAAGCAUCGCCUCGCAAAUACAAAUUACCAGUAAUAUACCAUUACGGCGCCAAUAUUUCUUAAUGGAGCAACGCAUUAAGAACAAAUUUAAGCUUAGUUUGAAAAAUUAAAUCAGACACAAAUUUAAUAUUUAGUUUUUAAGAUCAUUGAGUUUUCUGAUGAAUAUAUAUAUAUAUAUAGAAAGCAAAACAAGCAGUUCAACGUCGAUAAUGUUUAAGAUAAGGUCUAAGAGUCCAUGGUAAGAAUGCAUUCAGAGUUUAAAGAGGUGAUCGACUGUUUAGAUUUUAUUCACGUAUAAUCUAGCAUUCGGGCAGUUUGCCAAACAGUAUAAUUUCCAGAUAGAACCUAGUUUAUAGAAAAAUCUUGGUCUUAUCCCGAUAUCAAUGUAUAAAUCACAUUAGGAGAGCAAAUGCCAAUAGAAGGAAACAGAAUUUAUUUAAUGAAAUACGGAUAAAUUUUAAUUCAGUUUUCACAGUUUGAAUCGACUGUAUAGUUUGGGUCAUUGACUUAUAAAGGCAUGUUGACACUUUGCCCAAUUUGACGAGCAAAUGAAAAUAGUUUCAUCUACUCUAUUUUUUUUAUUCAGGGAAUCUUAUGUUCCAAUCAAAUUAUAUGUGAUCUCUAACGGAGGUCAUUAAUAAACAAUUACAACAUACAGCAUGUAUACUUUGUCUUUUAUCGAUCUCAACUCUGAGCAGCUGCUGCAAUGCAUCGCUUGAGUCGCCCAAGUGGCGACACACAUCCAGCACUUCUACCAUUUCAAACGAGCUAGUUUCUUAGUAAUUACUGCUCUCGACUCGCUAUUCUCCCACCGAAAUCGAUCAGCUAUUAAAGACAAAUAAUCUGGGCUCAGCUGCGUUCGAAAAUAUUUAGAAAAAAAUCUAUCGUGAGACUAGAUCUCUCUCUCUCCCUUUCUACGUCGCUAAUCCGAGAAUUGGUGAUUUGGACGAAGACCCGUGUGCUUUUGAGAGGACGUAGAAUCCUUCUCUAGAAAGGAUCGAUACAGUUCGUUCUACAUUUUUAUUUAUUUUUUCCAGUUCUAAGCUUCAUUUUUAUUCAGGAGUCGUCCCCGAUCGCCAGUGACAUAAAUCUAUGCAUUUAGCUGUCGCAGUUGUUCUUUUCCAUUAAUCAUUGAAAUAAUAGUCAAGUAUGUCGAGUGUAUCUUUAUAUUUAUUACCUUUCUAAGGAUAUAUGGUAACGAUUUUUAAGUCGUUAACAUGUAUCCUUAGAAAGAUAAUAAAUAUAAAGAUGCACUAUUCCUGUUCCUAAUGUCUUUUCAAAUUUUAUUUUUUAAUGUCUAUCGUUUAGGCCUAUAGUAAAACAUACUUGUUUACUGAAACUUCAGUAAGUGCAGCCUUAUAUAAUACCACGUAGUAUCCAUUCUAAGUAAUAAUACAAAACUGCUUCGAACAUGGUUACCAAAAUUUCCUUUAACAGAUGAUAGAUGAUAUAUAAAUUUGCUGUUUAUCUACUUCAGCUGAGCGAACAGUGAAGAUUAAUUCGUUAUGUCAUGGAAAAUUUUAUCUAUCUAAAUCUUAAUAUUUCUAACGUAAGUAAACUAACUUUGGAACAAUUGUGUAGCCUACUGUUUUGUCACGCAAGAGGUGAGUUUACGAAACAACGUCUGGCGAAUUUCCAGUGAGGUAGUCACUGCUUAUUUAUUUCUGGCAUGCAGAACGUAGAGAAAUGCUGCUGUACUACUACAAGCAAUCAAACCUCAGUAGAAAGCACAAAGAGUUGCAGCGAGUACGAAUGCCGAAAAAAGGAUUUCAAAAAAAUGAUGUGGUGAUAUCGAACUGUCGUAACAAUUACAUAAAAUGAGGUAACAGCAAGGAAUUUGAUAAUAAUAGUUAGUUCAAUGGUGCACUCCGAAGAGAGAUUGUCGUCAAUCGUUGUCAUGGCAACAUAGAAAACCGCAUCGAAGAGACUCCUAAAUAGUGGUACUGCUACUGCAGCAUUGAAGUGUCGCUGUUGGAUUCAAACGUCGCCCCUUCAUUCAUGGAUUUCUCAUUUUCAAGAUUCCUCCGCAUUUCCAGAUUAUGACAUCAACUAAAGGAUGGUGAUGUGCAGAAUGUGGAGGUUCGUUUUAUUGCUGGGAUCAGUGCUAACAGUUGGCGUGAACUUGGCUGAAGCAGAAAAAGAGAACAAGUAUGAACAAUCUUCUGUAUUUGGAGUUUGGGCCCCCAGAUGUUGCACAGGACCACAACCACCAAGGUUUAAUGGAUUAACUGACAAACAGAUUUUAGACUAUCUUGUCGACAAAACGCGCUAUGACGAGAGAAUGAGACCUCAAGAAUUAACAAUUGUUAACGUCACCGUCCUUAUACUUUCCUUGUCAUCACCUGACGAAUCGAGUUUGGUGAGUUUUUAACUAUGUAAGAAAUUUAUAAUUCAUUAAAUCAAUGAAUGAAUAAAUGUUUAUAAAACUAUGCUCAAUAAUCUUGAUCAAAUAUUUUAAUGCAAAGUUAAUUAUGAGAGGUUAGAGAAACUUUAAGGGGAUUAUUUAAAAAAUGAGAGCGCAAUGAAAACUUUCAAGAAAGGAAGGGGAAAAAAGGAAAGUUUUGUGAGAACAGGCCAAUACGCCGCCUUGGCUUUUAGCCAAAAAUUUGUGUAGGAUCUUGUUUUAUAGAUAAUGAAAGCAAUAUGAAAAAUGCAAAGAGACGUCAGAUUGUUAAAUUGUUCCAUUACAGUCCUAAAAUAAUUUCUUUAAAUUUUAAUAUGCUAGUAAUUGAAGUUUUCAUUUUAUUAGGAAAUAUAACUUAUUGCUAUGUUUGUAGCAAAUCUUAUCUGUUUCCUACUGGAUGUCGAGUGUUUGAUGAGAUUUGUGAAUUUAUAGCAUCACGGGAAUAAAGGCUGCUAUGCUAACCUAGUACAUGGAAAACAUGGUCCGAUAAUUUCCACCUUAAAUCGUUUACCU